GGGGUGCAGGAAGUAUAUAAAUCAGAGUUCCCCGAGGAGGGUCCCUGGCAGGAGCAGGGCAGGCUGUGCUGCAGUGGGUGAUGCUCUCCCUACCUCUGUGACUGGAUCCUGCUGGAACCACACCAUGGAUGGGGGCAAGCAGCUAAAGGCCACCCUUGUUUUCAGCCUGCCACUCGUUUUUCAGUUCUGUGCUGGGGACAAUGUCACUGAUUACUAUGACUCCAACAGCACCAUCGACUACAGCAUGUUCGAGUCCCUGUGUGAGAAGGAGGAGGUCCGAAACUUCCGUGCUGCCUUCCUCCCGGCCAUGUACAGCCUCAUCUGCUUCACUGGGCUGCUGGGGAACGGGCUGGUCAUGCUCACCUACAUCUACUUCAAGAGGCUGAAGACCAUGACAGACAUCUACUUGCUGAACCUGGCUGUGGCAGACAUCCUCUUCCUGCUGACCCUUCCCUUCUGGGCCACGAGCGCGGCCACUCACUGGCUUUUUGGGCCUGCUGCCUGCAAAGCUGUCUACUGCAUCUGCAAAAUGAGUUUCUUCAGUGGGAUGCUGCUCCUCCUGUCCAUCAGCAUCGACAGGUACUUUGCCAUCGUCCAGGCUGCCUCAGCCCAUCGCCUGCGGCCCCGGAUGAUCUUCAUCAGCAAAGUGACCUGCUUCAUCAUCUGGCUCCUGGCCUUCAUCCUCUCCAUCCCUGAGCUGGUUCACAGUGGUGUGAACAACUCAGAGAGCAGCCCCCGUUGUUCCAUCAUUGCUGAUGACUUGCAGACCUUCAACACUGGCAUCAAAGUGUCCCAAAUGGUGUUUGGCUUCUUAAUUCCCCUCCUGGUCAUGUCUUUCUGCUACCUCAUCAUCAUCAAAACGUUACUCCAGGCCCGCAACUUUGAGAAGAACAAAGCCAUCAAGGUCAUCAUCGCCGUGGUCAUCGUCUUUGUCGUCUUCCAGCUGCCUUACAACGGUGUCAUGCUGGCCAAGACCAUCUCAGCCUUCAACCAGACCAGCUCCUGUGAGGAGAGCAAGAAGCUGGACGUGGCAGAUGACGUGACCUACACCCUGGCCUGCUUCCGAUGCUGCCUCAACCCGUUCCUCUACGCCUUCAUCGGCGUCAAAUUCCGCACCGACCUCUUCAAGCUGCUGAAGGAGCUGGGCUGCCUGAGCCAGGAGCGCCUCCGGCAGCUCACCUCGUGCCGUGACAACAAGAGGAGCUCCUUCGCCAUGGACACAGAGACAACCACCACCUUCUCCCCGUGAGCCCAGCUCCAGGCACGCCUUGGUGGAGCUUGAAAUGAUUAUGGACGUUUUCUGGACUCCUGGCAGAGCAAGACCUGCCACACUGCAGAGAAGGGGGAAAUGCAGGAGCCUCCUCCUGUUUCAAGCAGCAAGGGCUGCUGGCCAAUGUCCCAUGGGUGGAGAGACUUCACAACAGAGCUGUCACUAACAGCAAAGCAAGGGAGAGGUGGUGAGUCUGCAAUUCCUCCUGUCAUUUCACCUUCAGCUUAGUCUUUCCCUGUCAAAAUGAGAAACGCUCAAAAUAGAACAUUUAUCCUAAAAGCGACAAGUACCAAGAGAAAACAGACGUUGGUGCAGCAGAACUGCCUGGGAGCAUCAGCCUUGCUUUGGAUGCUGAUUUUAACAAGACCACAGCUCUGCAACCCCACAGAAAUGCCCUUGCACUGAGUCAGUCCGAGGCCAACCCGCACCCGCAGCCUCGGGCUCGAUCCAACCCCAGCUGUGGAGUAUCCGAGCACACGACUGCUCUGCCUUCCCCCAUGAAAUGUGAGACAUGACCACAGCUAAUGCAAAAUCCAUACAAACUCAAGCCAUAAUUUCAAUUACUUUUUAUAACAUUGUAGCCACUCGUAGCUCUGUCAGGAAAAGUACAAAUUCUACUUUACUUCUGCCUGUAUCCUGUUUCUGGGCUAUCACCUGCUGACCUUGAGAUAAAUAUGAAUGUGGGUUUUCUCCUCCCUUCCCAGCCCUUCUAGCAGGACUUCAGCUGCCUUUGAAGUCAGAUCUGUAUUUCACUCAUAAGCUACUGGGGCGUGUUUUGCAUCGGUGCUGUCGGCACCAACAAAGACACGGCUGGCUGAGGUUUGAUCUGAGCACUGUUCCACCUCUGCCAGGGCCACAAACAGCAGAUUAUUGUCAUGGAAAAUCAGACCUUGGAGGAGCCCAGACUGUAAUUCCAGUGGGUGCUUUCACAGGAAGAGCAAAGAUUCCCGAUGACAGAUGAACGCUCUGGGAACCACUGAACGUCAGCUGGGAGGAGCUGCUGCACAGCCUGGGCAGCUGUCCCUGUCCUUGUGCUCCUGUCCCUGCUCCUGUCCUUGUCCUGUGCUGCUGUCCCUGUCCUUGUCCUGUGCUCCUGUCCCUGUCCUUGUCCUGUGCUCCCAUCCUUGUCCUGUGCUCCUGUCCCUGUCCUUGUCCUGUGCUCCCAUCCUUGCCCUGUGCUCCUGUCCCUGUCCUUGUGCUCCUGUCCCUGUCCUUGCCCUGUGCAGCUAUCCCUGUGCCUGUCCUGUGCU